CACUUCCACUCUCACAAACCUCCGCCAGCACCUACCUCUUCGUCCUCCACGACAAAUAUCUACACCUAAUCAUCAAUAAGCAAAUAGUCGUACCCGCCGAUUCACGUAGAAAGCUGGCAGAGCGCCUUUCCAUCGUCCCUUCCAUCAACCCCGUCCAUCAAUCCCAGCAAUCCACCCCGCUAGCGCCAACAAGCUCUUCAAAGCUCUCGCGAACAUCUUGAGCUUCCUCGCCUCCAUUCGCGAACAAACGACCAGCGAUCACACAAGCCAGCCAGCCAGCUUCUACAGAAAUGAGUUCGCCAAGGAGAAGGAUCGAGACCGAUGUGAGCCCGCCCUGCCCGCCAGCUUUCCUCAGGUUGAUGAGCGACUAUGAAGUCACCCUGGUGAACGACAACACACCCUUCAAAGGCGGCACGUGGAAGAUCCACGUCGAGCUGCCGGACCAGUACCCGUACAAGUCUCCGUCGAUCGGCUUCCAGAACCGCAUAUUCCACCCGAACAUUGACGAGAUGAGCGGGUCGGUCUGUCUCGACGUGAUCAACCAGACGUGGUCGCCCAUGUACGACAUGAUUAACAUCUUCGAGGUGUUCCUGCCGCAGCUGCUAAGAUACCCGAAUCCGACCGAUCCCCUCAAUGGGGAAGCGGCGGCAUUGUUGAUGCGCGAGCCCAAGGCGUAUGAGGAGAAGGUUAGAGAGUAUGUCGAGAAGUAUGCGACCAAGGACGCGAUUGAGGAUGGCACCGACGACGACGAGGAGGAGGACGAGAUGAGCUCCGUCGGUAGCUAUGGCGACGACGAGGACGACGAGCCCGCGGGGCAGAUGGAGGUCUGACGUCGACGUUUUCGUAUCUUUUUUCCCACCUUUCCCCACCUUUUUUCCUACCUUUUUCCACCGCCUGUUUGUUUCCGUUGGCCCAAUGAUGGGGUUCCUUGCCUUGCCUUGCCUCGCUGGUGUUUUUGUGUAUUUUUAUGGACUUUUCCUUGUUUCUUGUUUGUGUAGCGGGUUGAUGGAUGCGUGGAACGUGCGCGUAAUGAAUGAGAUCUCGAGAGUCGAGACGGCGUUGCGAUUGCACGCUUCGUGUUUACCUUUCCGU